AUGGGCGUCAUGUAUACUGCAGGCCCCUUUGACAAGUGGGGCAUAGAUAUCGUUGGGAAGUUGCCCACGACACCAGGGGGCAAGUGUUUCCUCAUAGUGGCAGUGGAUUAUUUCUCCAAAUGGGUCGAGGCCGAGGCCGUGGGGAAGAUCGACGAGGUGACAGUGGAGCGAUUCAUUUGGCGGAACAUAUGUUGCAGAUUUGGCGUCCCAAGGAUCAUUGUGUCGGACAAUGGAACCCAGUUUACAGGGCAGAGAAUUGCGGAUUUCUGUGACAGAAUGGACAUCACCCAGCGUUUCGUGUCCGUAGCUCAUCCUCAAGCGAAUGGGCAAGUGGAGCUUGCAAACAGAUCAAUUUGCGAAGGCAUCAAAAAGCGGUUGAAUCAGAUCAGAGGGAAAUGGGUCGAGGAGUUGGAUACCGUCCUUUGGGCUUACCGAACUAGCCCAAAUACGGCAACAAGAGAGGCGUCUUUCACCCUGGUAUACGGAUCCAAUGCAGUGAUACCAGCGGAGGCUAGAUUGGAGUCAUAUCGCAUCACAACCUACGAUACAGAGCACAAUUCCGAACUUCAACGAACAGAGCUCGAUCUUGUGGAGGAACAGAGGGAAGAAGCUCAGAUCAUAGCAGCAAAGUACAAAAGCAUCAUCAAGGCUGGAUACGACAAGAGGGUCAUAGCACGGAAGCUAGCCAAGGGCGACCUAGUUCUCAAGAGAGCCGACGCACUGAAGCCAGUGGGCAAAUUUGAACCCAAUUGGGAGGGUCCCUUCAUCAUCACCGAGGUCCUGGGCAGUGGAGCGUACACUCUGUCGGAUCCAGAUGACAGAGCUCUCCCCAGACCGUGGAACAUCAAUACUUUGAAAAAGUUCUAUGUAGUGUUCCAGCUAGCAGCCAAGGGAAGCAGCAAGGGGAAGCAGCAAAGGAAGCAGCGAAGGGAUGGCCCAGAAGGAAUAAGAGAAAUCCUCAAGCAGGAAUCAGAGAAAUCCUCAAACAGGAGUCAGAGAAAUCCCCCAAAGGAGGAAUCAGCGAAAUCCCAGAAGGAAAGACCAGAGGAAUGCUCAGGGCAGUCACAGAGGGACGAACCAAAGACGUUCCCGGCAGAGGAAUCAGAAGAAUCACUCAAAGGGAUCAUUCAGAAGCAUCAAGCAGAAAGCACAGUUGGGGAAGCUACUCAAAGGAAAAGUCAAUCAAAGGAAUCAAAAAUACUUCAACAAAGAACAAAAAUUUCAUCCUACUUUACAAAAACAUACAUCACAGCUCAAGGUCCGGGAAUGUAA